AUGUCCACGGCCUCGGACUCUGAAUCCACCGACCUCACCAAGCUCGCCACGUCCACCAACCUUGCUAGUCUCGUCUUGGAUGUUUAUGAGCACAAUGGCUUCAUCAUUGACGACAUGCCAGAGUACAAGCCUGGUUCACGUUGGACCUCUGCAGAAGACAGGGAAUUUCUCGACGCGCGGAAAUCUGGGUUCCUAGCGGCUCGCAGGGCAGGCAAGAAGAGCCCGAAUAGCAUCCCCCACUUCAUGAAGAGGACAUGGGACGCCUACUGGGAGAGGUUUCCGGAGGCUAUCCGUUUCACACCGAAGGAGCUCGCAGCCGUCGGCGAGGACACCGCAGCGGCCUCCGAACUGCAAAGCUUCAAUGAUCGGCGCGUAAGGCGUCAGGUUCAAAUUCACCAGUGGCUCCUGAACAAGUGCCGCAACGACGGCGGAUCAUCGGCGGCUACGGGCUUCGACAAGCUCAAAGCUUCCAAGCCGAAGAAUCUCCAGAAGGCGUGUUUCGCGUACGCUGACCUGUAUCCGCAAGUCAAAGCGGAUUUCGCGAGCUUCAUCGCUGCUCAAGAACUCGCAGCAGGAGAGGGCGAGGGCCAAGGAACGCGCGAGGGCAAGGGCAAGGGCAAGGAUAUACCGGUUAACGACUACGCACGGUGGCUCACGGAACGCCUCGAGAAGGAGUCGCCUGAGGUCAAGCAAGCGGUUGAGGAUUAUCGUCACAAGGCCAAACAGGGGUACGCGAUGGAGCUCGCGAAUCCGGGUAACGAGAGCGAUCUCGAUAGAGCCCUUCGUUACGAUGAGGCCAUCAAACGUCUACCGGAGCUUAUCCAGCUUGAGGCCAAAGCGGUGAACGAAGCAUCCGGCUUUAUAUCAUUCCGGAUACUUGGAGGCCCUACCCCAGGGCAGGACGGUGCUUUCACCAUCGUUGCGUGGUCGGACGGCAGGUUGCCCGAUGGGCGAAGUUUCGAGGAGUUUGUCCCUGAUUAUCAAGGCAGUGUCUUCGUUCUGUUUGCGCAGUAUCUAGACCUCCAUUACUCACUAGAAGAUCGUGCCAAAAUAUCUCUCCGGAGGGUAAACAACGAGAAGGACGCUCAGGAGUUGAUCGCCUCGAUGAGCGCCGCGAACCAGCAAGGCGAUUCCCCACGUCAGAUCACCGCUUCCACCGAGACGUCGGACACUGGAUCCGUCGCCAAGCAGAAGACACCGAAGCCGAAACGCAAGCGUAAGGCAAAAGCACCCGCAUACGCGAACGAGUUGGUCAAAAUUCCAGCGACGAAAUUCAAUACGCCCUCCACAACAACCACUCCUGGACCGCGUACUCCGCACGGCGACGGCGUUGACAAGGCAAUUCAAAGGUCAAUAUCUAACGCUACGACCACAUCCUCGUCUACCUCUACAUCAGCGACUACAUCCGCGACCAUGUCGGCAUCGGCAUUCACCUCCGACACUGCCCCUCGCGCGUCCAGGUCGGCGUCGCUUGUAAGCUCUAUUACCGGCUCGACAACACCUUCGACAGUGUCAGAAACCACGUCUUCAUCGGUGCCAAUACCCGGGUUACCAUUGCUUGCGGGGAUGACUACACCAACCGCACCGUCUCAACGAAUGAGGCCCAAACCACGUCCGAUCAAGAAGUCCCGCCGUGUGGUUGAUGACACCGACGAGGAAGACGAUGACAGCUUCGCCGGCGUGUCUUACGCUGUUCCCAGGAUUCCGCGAAGACCAGCGGCCGAUGGCUUGCUCGAGGGGGGGCAACCGGACUCAUCGCCUUCACGACCCCCUCCUGCCACCGCUCCCGCUGUGCUUGUGUCUCGCGCCCGCUUGCCUCCUGUCACAUUCGACACUCCGCAAAGCAACGAUGACGAUGAGAUGUGGGCUCACUUCGCCCCCACCCCAGACCCCGCCUUAAUCUCUCCCAACCGCGACUCUCAUACCAUGCAAAAGGACUCUACUCCGCGCGCCGAAAGCGACCGCACGCCAUGUCCUUCACGUGCUGCCGCGGCAAACGCGUCAAUGUCGUCAAUCCCGGAGUACCCACCCAGGCAAAUGGCAUACUUGGCCCUCGUCGCUGCCUCCCGACCGAAGACAAUUGAGUCAUGUUCAGACGCUCCGAACUGGUUGAAGACCGCCAUUGCUCAUCUCCGACUUCCGACAAGCUGGCGACGGACUACGUGUUAUGAGACGCUUAUCCCGGCCUUUGAAGCAUACGAAAUCGCCGAAGGAUUCGCCGGCGGCGAGCGUGAUAUGCGCAACUAUCCGACCUACAAGCUGCGUCCUCGCGCCGUCGGGUGGUGGCAAAACAAUAAGCGCGGGGUGGACCGUAUACCCGUCAUCGACGAGAUGCCUGAUUUCCUCGUCAACUUCGUCGGAUGGUAUAAAUUCCUGAACCCGAAGUGGAGGGGGGAAUCGAUGCCGUUCGCACGGACAGAGGGGAAAAUCUAUUGGGGCAGUCUUCCUUGCAACGCAAAGAAUGGAUUCUACCUCCUCAUCAUGACGCUUAAAUGGGGCUUUUUCAAUGCCAAAACGGAUGAACAGUUCGCGACGCUCGAAGAAAUUGCGGGUGACAUGGAAUGGUCACUCAAGGCCAUGACCGCCGUUUUGCUUGAUCCACACCUUCAAAGUCGGAUGAACGAUCCGGCGUUGGACAGCCUCCCGCUGGACGACGAUGCAGCUGACAACGAACAAGACGACAACGACUCUGAGGAAGUCGAUGCGCCGCCCAAGAAGAAGGCAAAACGAGCCGCGGCUCCUCGCCGUUCAUCGCGUACCAAAGUCGCCGCGAGCGCUUCAACGUCGGUGAACAAAGCGAAGAAGGGGGCGAAGACGAGGUCUCGCUAG